AUGGCUAUCAGAAGACUACAAUCGCUGGAACGAAAGUUGGCUAAGGAUCCAAGUUUACGAACUCGUGUUCAUCAGAAGUUAGAAGAAUACGUGGCUAAAGGAUACUGCCAUAAAGCAACCCCAAUGGAGCUGAGAUCAUUUGACACGAAACGGGUUUGGUACCUCCCGCUAUGUGUAGUGGUACACCCCAAAAAGCCUGAAAAGGUUCGGGUUGUCUGGGAUGCGGCCGCGAAGGUGGAAGGAGUCUCGUUUAACUCAGCUCUGCUUAAAGGCCCAGACCUUCUGAAUCCCCUUAUAUCCAUUCUGUAUCACUUCCGUGAGCACCCUAUCGCCGUUACCGGAGAUAUAGAAGAAAUGUUUCUUCGUCUUCUUAUCCGUCCUCAAGACAGCCAGUCGCAACGAUUCCUAUGGAGAAUCAAACCAGAAGAAGCCCCCAGCGUGUAUAUAAUUGAUGUCGCGACCUUUGGAGCAACUUGCUCUCCGAGCUCGGCGCAAUUUGUUAAAAACGCGAAUGCCCGAGACUAUGCAGAAUCCUUUCCCAAAGCAUCGUCAGCAAUCGUUAAAUACCACUACGUAGAUGACUACCUCGACAGCUUUGAAACCGUCGAUGAAGCCAUAGAGGUAGUAAAACAAGUUACGUUCAUCCACUCUAAGGGCGGGUUCAACCUGCGCAAUUUCUUAUCAAACUCAAACGACGUUCUGCUGGGAAUAAGCGAAGAAGCCCGGCGCAAUGUACAGGCAGAUGCCAAGCAUUUGAGCUUAGUUAGAGCCGAAAAGGUAGAAUCCGUACUUGGUAUGAGGUGGAAACCGUUCGAAGAUGAGUUCAUCUACACGUUGUCAUUCCGCGAUGGUCUCUCUAAGGCUACGGAGUCAUCCCACAUCCCAACGAAGCGAGAAAUGCUUAAAUUAGUGAUGAGUCUAUUUGAUCCGUUGGGGUUUGUGACAUUCUACUUAAUUCAUGGCAGGAUUCUAAUCCAAGACGUUUGGGCUACGGGAAUCGAUUGGGACGUGCCCAUUAAUAGAGAAUUAUCUGAACGGUGGUGGCAAUGGAUUAGUUUCUUACCAAAGCUGUGCGAACUGCGGAUUCCGCGGUGUUAUUUUCGGGACCAAGUUGGAAAGGCUAAACAACUGCACGUUUUUGUGGAUGCCAGCGAUGCAGCGUACGCGUGCGUCGCCUACAUGCGUAUUUCUGGUGACGUAGGAGUAGAAGUGGCACUGGUGGGCGCUAAAAGCAAGGUGGCUCCCCUUAAAGUUCUUUCCGUGCCCCGGCUGGAACUUAUGGCAGCAGUGCUGGGAGCACGAAUGGCAGACUCAAUAUCGACCUCUCACACUUAUGACAUAGUCAGCAUUCAUCUUUGGUCAGAUUCGUCUACGGUUCUUGCGUGGAUCAAUUCGGACCACAGGAAAUACAACAAAUUCGUGGGAGUUAGAGUUGGGGAAAUUUUGUCAAUGACGAAGAUGAACCAAUGGAGAUGGUUGCCUACAAAAAAAAACCCAGCAGAUGAGGCAACUAAGUGGGGGAGUGGACCAAAUUUUGAUUCUAAAGGCCGCUGGUUCUGUGGCCCGUCUUUCCUCUACCUCUCCGAAGCGGAAUGGCCACAAAACAAUAACUCAAUGUCAACAGGGGAAGAAGCUAUCAAUGUAUCCAAUGUUCAUCAUACGAUUCCUUCAUCUUCAAUAGAAUUCCAGCGGUUCAGUAAAUGGGAAAGAUUGCUGAGAACACAAGCGUACGUGACAAGAUUUAUUGGAAACAUAAAGUGCCUACAAACCAGACAACCCAGACAAACUGGAAUAUUGACCCAAGAAGAACUGAAGUUGGCUGAACGUGAGCUUUGGAAACAAGCGCAAGUCGAAGUAUACUACCCUGAGCGGAAAGUUCUGCUGGAAACACAAGGAAGUGCGACAGAUAGACACAAUUCGAUACCAAAAACUAGCCCAAUCUACAAGUUAUGGCCCUACCUCGACACCGACGGAGUAAUAAGAAUGCGUGGCAGGAUAGGAGCGGCAUGGUAUGCAACACCCGAGGCGAAGAACCCUGUCAUACUGCCAAAGACUCACCCGAUCACCGCUCUCAUUGUGGAUUGGUACCAUCGCCACUACCGUCAUGCCAAUCAUGAAACGGUGGUGAAUGAGAUGAGGCAGCGGUACGAAAUAUCAACUUUACGAACACUAGUGAAGCAGACAGCAAGAAAAUGUGUCAAGUGUCGCGUAACGAACGCAUCUCCUCAUCCUCCACCAAUGGCCCAGUUACCAAUACAACGUGUAACACCCUUUGUGAGGCCGUUUACUUACGUUGGCCUAGAUUAUUUUGGCCCAGUAACAGUGAAAGUAGGCCGCUCAACAGUGAAGCGCUGGGUUGCACUUUUCACGUGCCUCACGAUGCGUGCGAUACACCUCGAAUUAGUACACAGUUUAACCAGCGAAUCAUGUGUGAUGGCUAUACGGCGCUUUAUUGCUCGUCGCGGAGCUCGGCGGAAUUCUUUAGCGACAAUGGAACGUGUUUUGUAG